UGUGAUUCCUUGAAAAUAGGACUGAAAACUAAAUAAGAUAAAUGUGUGAGCACUGAAAAACUAAAUUAAUGAUAUACAACUUUUAAACCAGCAAAACUAGAUUGAAAAAAUCUCUGCAUAGCUAUAGCAAUUAGGGAUGUGGGUUUAUAAUUGUUGAUAUUGCUGUGUCAAUUACAAAAUCUCUAGUACAAAUAAAAUUGCAUUGACAAGCCUGCUUAUGUUGGUAUAAUACAUGUUAGCUUAAGACGCAGACAUAAACUAUGCCACUAAACACAUUUGUUUCAAAACAUUUUUCAAAGAGAAAUUAUUUAGCCUCUUCUUUCUUUUUAUAACAUACUGUAUGUGCUUGCAAAAGACAGAAAAUAUCCCUUAGUAGUAAUACUUAAAUAUAAUACUAUACCUGCAAUAAUAGUAAAAUUGCAAAGAGUGCAGUAGGACUUUCCUGGGACUCUGGCCACCAACUCAAAUACCAAGGACUCCAGUCCAGAGAAGGCUGAAGAGUCAGGCAGGCUUUUUUUCAAACAGAACCUGAUGCUCACUAGGAGUUCACAGAUCUAGACCAGUAGCUGUUGUCAAUGAGUAACUUUAAUCAGUACAUUCCAAUGAAAAAAGGCUUUAUCAGAUUUUUUUCCCCUGCGUAGCUCAAUAAAAUAUGCCCUCUGAAACAAGACUGACUCAUAUUGCAGGUUUAACAAAGGCUAAUUUAAAUAGGGCCUUAUUCCAGUUGUGGUGUUAAAGAACAAAUGAAAUAAACACCAAAGUUUAGAGGAUGUCUUUCAAAAUUCUGCAACCAAGAAUAAAUAAACAAACUCCUGUUUUGACAGAUGAUGUCUUGCUUAUAACCAAAUGACAAGACUAACAGAAAUGUGGAAAAUUGAGAUGCAUUCAUUAGAAACAGUCUCAAAUGAAACCUCACCAAGCUGUAUGAUGAACUCCACCCAUUUACUAUAGAAAGAGUAAGAAAAAUACUUGGCUCCUGCAUUCAUUGCACAUAAUCAACUUGCCUAAAAGUUCUUGUAAUAACUUGCUUCUUGUAGAGAUACUUGCAGGUACACAGAAGUGUGCUCUCCAGCCGUUAGUUAAAGCCAUCCAGUAGAUGGGGCCAUAGAGUUAUGAAAGAAAGUAAAAGGAGUUUAUCCGAGAAAGAACAUCAGAAUCAGUGCAAAUAGAGCUCCGUUAAUUCAUGAAGUUCUAAUGUCAGGCAAAUAAUUUAUUUGGUUACAUCAUGUUCUGACUGUAUGACUGAUUAAGCUGUACUCAAAUGCUAGUUAAUAUGAUUCUGUAUUUGUUUGAUACUGAAAUAACUACAACUCUCAGUCAACAAAAAUUACAGCUGAGGUUUUAAUUUUCAUUCAUGCCACAUUCGUUCCUAAGUAUUGUAUAGGUGUGAGAUACAGUCAGACUUGUGAAGAAGUGACACAAUGGAAGUAAUUGAUAGUAAUUGUAGCAAGAAAGUCCCACAUGUAGAAACUUGUAUGUGGUGAGAUGAACAUGUUAGCGGUUCCUACAAAGGAUGACUUUAUGAAUGUAACUUACAUGCACUGGUUGUUUCUUUUUUUUUUCCCCUGCUUCUCUGAGAUCUGGGCAUCUGUAUCUGUUAAAUCUGUGAAACAGAAAAGAACAUACAGGUUUGAGAAAACAUGUAUGAAUGUUGCAGGAGCAGUGGUCAGCCCCGGUGAUUUCAUAGCAGUGGAUGCUUAAGUUUGAAAUACAUUUGCACAUAGUGUGCGUGUAAUCCAUUUAACCACCAAAUUGCAUCAGGUAUCGGUUUAAAAGUGCACGUUCUAUUUUUCUGCAUUUGAAAAGCCUGAUUUUCUGUGGUCUGGUACCUGAAAUGAAGAUCUUAACACUUUUCUCAUAAAGCUGGUCCUUUAAAGUCAGUCCUGAUAGAAAAGGUUCUUCAAAAUACCUGAAAACACAAAAUUGCCACAGUGCCGCUGAACAGACCCGUGGGGGUGAGUGCUGCAGGGCAGGUUUGGGGUUUUUUUUCCCUUCCUGCUUUAGUUAACGUAGGUUUCCAAGCCGCACGUGUCAGCAGGCAGGUUGGAGCCCCUGGGUAGGCUGGACUCAGGUGAUCUGAGCUUUUCCGAACGAAAUGCCAAGUUCCUCGCGGUUUCAGCUACUAAGCUCCAUUUAGGAGAUGGCUGAGGGACCUCUGACUUCGAGAUGAGCGGCGGGGGGUCCCGGCACAUGUUAAAUACUGGCCAAGGAGCAGGAAAAAGAGGACGUGGCUACGCGAUCCCGCGUGGAAGUCAGUGGGCAGCCAGCUCUGGGUGCGGGGCUGAGCCGCCCGUGUCCAGGCCCGGCCCGCGGCCGAGGGGGGCUGCGCCGCUCAGCGCCUCCGCGCCGCUGCGUGGGGACAGAAGCGGCGCGGCCGCGCAGGUGCCGCGGGGGCGGUGCUGCCCGCCCGGCCCGGCCGCGAACAGCAACGAGGAGCCGCGACGGUACCUGGAGGCGGCUCCGCCCCAGUCCCAGGAAGGGAGCGACCGGAUCCGGCGGGACGGAACGGGACGGGACGGGGCUGGGCUGGGCUGGGCUGCCGCCCCUCAGAGGCCGCGCGACUCUGCCGGCAGCAGCCAUGGCUUUCGGGAAGGCUCCGAAGGAUCCUUUCGGCACCGCCGUGGGCAGCCUGGUCGAGCGGGCGACGUUUGGAGCGCUGCAGACGGAGGAGUGGGGACAGUUCAUGCACAUCUGCGACGUGAUCAACACGACGGAGGAGGGCUGCUUGACAUGUGUAUAGAGAACUGUGGCCCAAGGUUCCAGUCCUUAGUUGUGAAGAAAGAUUUCUGUAAAGAUAAGUUGGUGAAACUACUGAAUCCAAGAUACAAUCUGCCAAUUGACAUGCAGGAGAAAAUCUUGACCUUUAUCAUGACAUGGGCCCGAGGUUUCCAAGGAACGGUGGAUGUGAGUGAAGUAAAAGAAGUUUAUCUAGAAUUGCUGAAGAAAGGAGUGGAGUUUCCAUCUGCUGACACCAGCAGAGGGGGACCUAAGACCUCAUCUCAGCCUUCUACAAAGUCAUCACCAUCUUCUGCUAAUCCUGCAAAACGUUCUUUACUGCCUCUUCCGACAGGCCCAACGUUAUUGUUGACUCCUGAACAGAUUGGGAAACUGUACAGUGAACUGGAUAUGGCAAAAAUGAAUGUGAGAGUCAUGUCAUCAAUAUUAAAAGAAAAUGUUCCUGGCUCUGAAAAUCCAGAUGAUAUGAAUCUUUUACAGAAACUAUAUAAGACCUGUCGGAUGAUGCAGGAGAGGAUCAUGGAAUUGUUGGUGACAGUGGAGAAUGAAGAUGUGAUAGUUGAGUUAAUACAAGUAAAUGAAGAUCUGAAUAAUGUCCUUCUGGGACAUGAAAGGUUCUCUCGAAACAGAGUGCGUUUUUUGGAGAAUCAGAGAAUACAACGUGAACGCACAGAGCUGUACAGGAAACAGCCAUCUGCUCCUUCAAGUGAUCUGCUUGACCUCUCCAUCGAUUCUCCAUCUCCUGUGCCAACAGUGGUGCAACAUGACUCUGCAGUGUCUCCUUCAGGCCUUAAUUGCAUAUCUGCACACCCUGAAGAUAAAAAGAGGCGUCAUUCACCAAUUUAUCCACAGCUGGAUUUAACAACUACUACAAAAGCUCAGGAAUUCCUAUUUGCAACUGAAGCACAAAACAAUAGUGUAAGCAACCCAGCUGGACAUUCAUAUAGCAAUUUGACGACUCUUUUAAGCCCAGUGCCUCUGAAUCCAGUAAAUCUGCAGACUGGACAUAAUACAUCAUUAAAUGGACCAUCACCAGCAGCUGCAUCAAAGAACAAGUCACAAUCACCUCAUUACUAUGAGAUAAUGGAAUUUGACCCCUUGGCUCCCACUGAAGCCAUUUAUGAAGAAAUUGAUGUUGUGCUGAAGACAGAAGUUAAAAAGAAUACAGAAUGCUGAAGGUGGAGGUGAAGUCUUACUGAGCACACGCUAUUCUCUGACGCUGGUCCUGUGCAGUGCUUCCUAUAGUGUACAAGUGAAUAACAGAACAGGUUUUGUAUUUUGACACAAAAAACAGUAAGUAUUGGAAUACUAAGCUGUUUGGAAGUUGAAGAGUUACUUGGAUCUACACCUUGAUAAUUUGUCCUACAUGUUCAACUGUGUAUUCUUCAAGGUAACUUCCAGGAUUAAAAUAUUUUGAGGGCCUUUAAAACAUGAUUUCUAAAUUCAGCUGUAUAUGAAAUAACACUUAACACCUGACACCAGUAAACUAAAAGGACUUUUGCAACUAUAGAAGAAAGCUUUUCUUCCAAGUUAACUGUUUCUUUACCCCUUUAUGCAGCAAACAAAACAGAAUGUUAUGUUUACAGAAACUGCAGAAUCCAGUUUCUAGUUUGGCCUUGUUACUGCCUGUGUUAAAUCUCCCUAGAAAUUUGUAAGAGAGUUUUGAUAUGUAAGACUCUUCUAAAAUUGGGCCUCCUGAUGAACGUCUGAAGAUAUGUGGUGUUACUUUCCAACAUUCGUGUUCUGAAUACAGAUUUUAUUUUCUUCCAAAAAGCCCCCAAUAUAGUUGGAUUUUUUUUGUCUUGGUAAGAACCCAAACUGGGACAUGAGGUGCUAUCAUCCAUGAUUAACAGAACAGAAAACCUGCUUAUUUCUGUGUUGUUGUUACUUGUAUUUACUCAGUAAAUAUUGGAGAGGGAUCAAUCAUUUCUUUCAGUGUUCCUGCCCUGCAGAGAUUGUUGUUCUGGUGAAGGAAAAAAUAAUCAUCUACAAUGCAGAUGAGCAAUAGUUAUCCAUUUAUUUUAAUCGAGUUGUUUAACCCUGUUAAUAACAGUUUUAUCUUUUAAUAAUAAAGUGCCUUAUCUAUUUUAAUGCUGAAUGUCAAAUGUGCACUUUAACAGGUAUAGUUCUCUGA